GGGAGAACCCAGGCGUUCGGGCGCGGGGCGGAGCGCGCCGCAGGCUGGUGUCCGGCUGCUCCCUAGUGGCCGGAGCGGGGUCUCGGCUGGGCGGGGCUCCCCGGUGACUUUCCCUCCCGGCCCCGCGGGUUCUGGUUCCGCCCCAAGGGACCCCCCCUAAACCGGGCCAUGGCCACCCGCUGGGGCGUCUGCUCCGCCGGCAAAAUCAGCCACGAUUUCCUGGUGGCGCUGGGGACCCUCCCGGCCACCGAGCAUCAGACUGUGGCCAUCGCUGCGCGUGAUCUCGCCCGGGCUCAGGAAUACGCCCAGAAACAUGGGAUCCCCCGAGCGUACGGGAGCUAUGAGGAGCUGGCGCAGGACCCUGACGUCGAUGUGGUCUAUGUGGGGGUCAUAAACCCCGAGCACCUGCCUGUGGGACGGCUCUUCCUGGGGGCCGGGAAGCCCGUGCUGCUGGAGAAGCCCCUGGGGAUGAACACGGCGGAGGUGAGGGAGCUGGCGCAGCUGGCCCGGAGCCAGGGGGUCUUCCUGAUGGAGGCAUACUGGACCCGAUUCUUCCCAGCCUCGGAGCGGCUCCACUCCCUGCUAUCCCAGGGAGCGAUCGGGGAGCCGAAGGUGGUGAGGGUCGAGUUUGGGCUUCCCCUCUUGGGCUGCCCCCGGCUGGUGCAGAAGGAGCUGGGGGGCGGCGCCCUGCUGGACAUCGGCUGCUACUGCAUCCAGUUCGCCACCAUGGUCUUUGGGGAGGAGACACCAGAGUCCAUCCUUGCCUCGGGCUUCCUUCACCCCACCGGCGUUGAUGAGAUGUUGUCCGUCAUCCUGAACUACCCGGGGAAGCACCAGGCCGUGAUCACCUGCUCCAUGGUGACCUUGCUGCCCAACCAGGCUGCCAUCAGCGGCACCAAGGGCAUCAUCCAGCUCCCGUCCCAGAUGUGGAGCCCGACUGAACUGGUGGUGAAUGGGCAGCACGAGGAGUUCCCCCUGCCCCCCCCCUCCCAGCCCCUCAACUUCACCAGAAGUACCGGGCUUCGCUACGAGGCCCAGCACGUGCGCCAGUGUCUGCUGAAAGGCCUGAGGGAAAGCCCCAUCGUGAGCCUGGCUCACUCCGAGCUGGUGGCCUCCAUCAUGGACGAGGUGCGGCGGCAGGUGGGGGUGACAUACACCCAGGAUCGGGCCUGACCCCCGCUGCCCGGGAAUGGGAGUCACUGCUGGGAAGCUCGGUGUUUUGGAUGCGAUUUCAGUUUGGGUUGAUACAAGCAGCAGCCAUGCGGAGGUAGCAAGUGUAGGCUGCCGGGCGGCAUUUGAUAUGGUGCCGGGCGACGUGAACACUAGAAAACCUGAGAACACUAGAAAAUUAACAUGUGAAAUUGAUUAAAAACUGGCUAAUGAAGAGUUCUGCCUAUGCACCUGUGAACGGGGAACCACCAUUGAGCAGGGGGGUUUCCUGCGGGGUCCUGGGCCCUGUGUAAGUGCGGUAAGGGUCCCGCCAUUGUGGGGAACUUUCCUGGCUUAAACCCGCCCCAGUGGGAUUGGCUAGCGAAAGGAUCUGAGUCCUUGCUCCCACUCCCUUUAUCCAGCAGCCUGCCUGACCUCGAGGGCUCUCCUUCCUCCCUCCCGUGUGGCAGAGUCCUCGUAACCCUGGCAAGCCUGGGUCCCGGACCCCUGCAGGCUUGACCCCCAGUCUUGUCGUGGUCACUUAGGACAGGGGCGAGGGUGUCCCCACUCCGGGGCACUGACUCUGCAGCGGCUGCCUCCCUGAAUCACUGAUCAUUACAUAGAGUUCAGAGCACGUACAAUGUAUUAAACAGCAACUCAUAAAAAAUCAGGAAAAGAUGGGGAAGGUUAAAGGAAACAAGUCACCCGCCCUGUGGUACGGGGUCCACACAAACAGGUGCCUCUGGGAUGUCAGGGAAGUUCAGUCUGUUCCUCACCCGUCCCAGGCCUUGGCUGUGCUGCAGGGCCGCUGCGGGUCAGACACUCACUCUGGCUCUAGGUGGCCACACGCCCUCAGGCUGUAGGUGGCAGGAUCCUUCUUCCCAGUGUCGCCCCUGCCACAUCGGGGUUACGACCCCCCCCCCAUGUCUGGCCUGCAGGCUUCUUGGCUGGGGAUGUCUCCCUUCACUGGGCCCAGUGCCCAGAGUCCCCUUCGA